AUGACUCUGUAUCGUCGUAACACAAAUCUUCCUAUUAGGAUACUGCAGCCUACUAUAACGUCCAACGGUGAGAGGCUCCGUGUCAUUCAUAUUAGAAUUUCCCCAUCUGUAAAUAUUUUAAGGAGGCAAGUGAUCAAACCCGGGAAAAUCAGUGAUUCAAACAUUACCCUUUGAUUACUGCACCUCGACAGUCAGUCACCAGUCACCGGUCUGUUCUUCCGUAUAUUAUUUCGCCCAUUGGUUCCUGCCCCGGAGAUUGUGAAAGCGUCUCCUCCCUAGGGUUUUUGACACUGCGAAGUGAGAAAGCCUCAUGGCGUCGGGGAUUCUGGGGCGAUGCAGCGGGGGGUUGAUGGCCGCGGCCAAGUCAGCCUCAUCCGCUGCCGGUGGGAAGGCUACUGGUCGCUCGAGUGGCGGCCUUCAGAAGUUGGUGCCCGUGUCCCCUCAGCUCAGCAAGUUCCUCGGGGUCCCCGAAGCCACCCGCUCUGCCGCCGUCAAGAAGGUCUGGGAACAUGCCAAACUCCACAACCUCCAGAAUCCAACAAACAAAAAGGAAAUCCGCUGUGAUGAGACGUUGAAGACCAUAUUUGGUGGGAAAGAAUCGGUUGGGCUGACCGAGAUAGUUAAGCUGCUCUCUGCCCACUUCAUCAAAUCCAAUUAACCUCUGCCUCAGCCUCUGAAAUUUAUGACUAGCUCGAGUCUUUCGUCUAGGGAAAAUCUGGGUACUGCUUCUUGUUUCAUCCCUUGUUCAUCUGGUGUAAAAUCGGAAUUGAUGUAUAGGAAUGUGCUUUGAUUUCUAAGGGGCUGUAUUUGGUGCUUUUACUUAUCUACCUAUCAAGGAAGACUGUUAACUUUAGAAGCAAUGAGAGAAAUUGCUACAACUCUCUUCUGCCAGUUUGCUCUAGCAUUCAGCUGUCUUGAUAUUGUCUGUGAACUGAUAAUCGACUCUUGAAAUGUUCAAACCUUACCAUCUCAAAGC